CGCAUGCUCUACACUCUUCUCCUCCGUUCCAUCUCUGAAAAAGCUUCGAAGUGAAGGAGGAGAAGGUGAAGAAGAGAUUCUGAGGGUUGCAGUGGAAGAGGAAUGGCGUUGGCGUUCGAUGAGUUCGGGAGGCCUUUCAUCAUACUCAAAGAGCAAGAGCAGAAGACGCGGCUGAGGGGACUAGAAGCGCAGAAGGCCAACAUUUCCGCCGGGAAAGCCGUCGCUCGUAUCCUUCGGACAUCGCUCGGACCCAAGGGCAUGGACAAGAUGCUCCAGAGCCCCGACGGCGAUGUCACCAUCACAAAUGAUGGUGCAACAAUCUUGGAGCAGAUGGAUGUUGACAACCAAAUUGCCAAGCUGAUGGUGGAGCUGUCUAAAAGCCAGGAUUAUGAAAUUGGUGAUGGGACAACCGGUGUUGUUGUCAUGGCGGGUGCACUUCUAGAGCAAGCUGAGCGGUUAUUAGAACGGGGAAUUCAUCCCAUCAGGAUUGCCGAGGGCUAUGAAAUGGCUUCUAGAAUAGCUUUUGAUCAUUUGGAGCAUAUAGCCCAGAAGUUUGAUUUUGGAGCAGCAAAUAUAGAGCCUCUGGUUCAAACUUGCAUGACUACUCUGUCCUCAAAAAUUGUGAACAGGUGCAAGCACAGUUUGGCUGAGAUUGCUGUUAAAGCAGUUCUUGCUGUUGCAGAUCUAGAGAGGAAGGAUGUGAAUUUAGAUCUGAUAAAGGUGGAGGGAAAAGUUGGGGGGAAGUUGGAAGAUACAGAACUAAUAUAUGGAAUUACUGUAGAUAAGGAUAUGAGCCAUCCGCAAAUGCCAAAGCAAAUUGAAGAUGCGAAAAUUGCAAUAUUGACUUGUCCAUUUGAGCCACCCAAACCAAAGACUAAACAUAAGGUGGACAUUGAUACCGUGGAGAAGUUCCAGACUUUGCGUCAGCAAGAGCAGAAAUAUUUUGAUGACAUGGUUCAGAAAUGCAAGGAUGUUGGUGCUACUCUGGUAAUCUGUCAGUGGGGAUUUGAUGAUGAGGCAAAUCAUUUGUUAAUGCACAGGAACUUGCCUGCUGUCAGAUGGGUUGGUGGUGUAGAGUUGGAGCUAAUAGCAAUAGCAACAGGUUAAUAGGCAUUCAGCUUAUUUUAACUUCUAGGCUGUCUGUGUUAGGUUAAAAUAUAUAAUUUAGGUUA